AACAGUUGUCAUCCGAAGCCACGCAUUGAAACAAUCAGAGCAAACUAAGAUGGACGUAGUUCUACUGCUUAUCAUGGCUGCUGCAGGGCUGAGUGCUGUCUCAUCAUUUGUUGACCGUCAGCACUAUUUUGUUGAUGAAAUGAAGAACAUGAUCGAAGCACAAAGUUACUGCAGAGAGAAAUACACAGACCUGGCCACUGUACACAGCAUGGAGGUUGUGAAGCUCCUGAACGACAGUUUCGGUUCAAAUACAUCGAAAGCCUGGAUAGGGCUGUACGAUGACCGGGACACCUGGAGUUGGUCACUGUCAAACACAGGCUUCAACAAUUUUGCACCAAGCAACUCUGACCGACGAGAACACUGCACACUGAACAGCUCUGUUGAUGAACUAUGGGAUGCUGGUAGUUGUGAAGAACACUUCAAUGCAAUCUGCUUUGACGUCAGUGGGUCGAGUGUGACAUUUGUCUUCACCAACAUCAUCUCCAUGAACUGGACUGAGGCCCAGAGCUACUGCAGAGCACACUACACAGACCUGGCCAGUAUCAGAAAAAUGACAGAGAACCAGAAGACCUAUGAAGUCCCAAGGUUCCAGAUACGAGCUCCUGUAUCUGUACAGGAGCGGGUUCCUGCAUGGGAACCAGCCCGGGUCAGCCUUUACAGAGACCCCUGGAAGUGGUCCGAUGGAUUUAAGUCUUCCUUUAGAUACUGGGCUAGAAGUCAUCCUCACUCUGAGAAUUGUGUGGCUGCACUUCACAAGGGUGGAAUAUGGGUGAGCCAGAGCUGUAAGAGCAAGAUUCCAUUCAUCUGCUACAAACAUGUGCCUAUUUCAAAGCAAGUAAUAAAGCUGCGAGUGGAGAACAACUCUAAUCUAAAUCUUAAGGACAAGACCGUGCAGAAGGAAAUCAUUGUGCAGAUCAAAAAGAAGCUAAUGGACAAGGGAUUCAACGUCGAACUGAUGUGGAGGACACAGCAGGAUGGAAACGUUUUCCACGAGGAGGAUGAGCUUUAGAGUAGAACUGCUGUCACUGCUUUUAUGGCUUUUUUCUUACAUUUGGUUAGAGAAGAUAACAUGUGACAAGAAUUUGUAAAAUAAUGUACGAUUUAACUGAAGGCAACUCCAGUGAAAUCUUAUUGCCAAUAACAACGGUGAGCUGUGAAGUUGUCUCAGAAUAUCUUCAAAUGAGUAAUGUAGAAAAACAAUUGUAUGUCUUAUUCUUGGUCUGACAUUUUUUCUGGGGGGCUAACUUUAAUUAAAUUCCCUCAAAUAAGGAAUUGUAUGUCUUUUCUUUGUCCUUUACAGUCAUAAACUUCCAAUCUUUGGAACUUAGUCAGUUGGUCGAUGAAAACAAGGCGUAAUGUAACUGCUCAGACUAUUGGAUACAUUUUACUUUUCUGACAUUUUAUAGAUUUAAUAUAAUUACAUGAUAAUAAUAAAUAUCUCAAGGAGUUAUGGAAAAUAAGUAUGACUAUUCUUAUGUUGUAACCUUAUUAGUGAUAGAAACUUGAAGCAAUUUUCCUCAAUUAUUUUACAUUGGCAAAACUCAUGGGAAACCCAAGCCACUUCCACUAACUCUUGUUCUGGAGAGACUACUCCUGGAAAAAACGUACCUGUUUCUUUAUUACCACCAACCAAAAAUCCAAAUUUAUUGGGUCUCAGCUACCUUGCUGGAGGGAGUUUGGAUCUGCUUUUGCAGACCAUGCACACGUUUUCUGGGCCUGUACACAUGUAAAGCCUUUUCUGAAAGAAGUGGACCAUGUAAUCUAAAAUGCUCUACACCUGAAAUCUGACAUGACUGUACCUUGGUAACAUAUCUAAAUGCCUUGAUAAAAGUGAUACCAUCUGAAGGUUAUUAUGGCCGCAAUUAAUAUUUGUAAUUAUAAUAUUUGUAAUAUUGCUCUCCUUAUUAACAUAAUCAAUUAUAUCCGCUCUAUGGAGAACAUGACUUUCACUCUCCGACUCCAAUAGGAGAAGAGGGAUAAAUAAUGGGCCAAAUGGGAUUGCUAUACAAAUCUAGGAUCUUAACAAUGUCUGUCUUUUCUUUGACCUGACCUUUGUACACUGAACUGUACUAUUGUCUUGAUUUGUCUUUCUAAUUGUCUCUGACUGUGUUUUACUACCCCAGUCUUCAUACAUUGUAUAAACAAUAAAAAAUAAAUAACAAUAAUAAUAAUCUUUUACGUUAAUAUAGCAUCUUUCAGGCAAAAAUGCUAAAUAUUUGCUUCUUCCAGCUUCUUAAAAUUGAGGAUAUACGUUUUUUUGUCACAUAUGGUCAUGAAAUGUAAUUAAAUAUGUCUUUCUGAAAUAUAAACUAUAUCCAAUAAAGUGUGAUUAUUUCUCA